AUGGAUCUGACGUCUACAUCUCUUCGCAAGUCAGGAGGUAGUGAUAUUAGGGACAGUAAAAAGGCCACCGACAAAGGCACUGCCACCCCUGUGCCUCGUAUGGCAACUAUUCGAGAUGAUGACGAACGCUUGUUGGCCCGAAUUGGCUACAAACAAGAAUUGAGACGUGAGUUCUCAAAAUGGUCCACAGUGUCUUAUGCGAUAUCCAUUCUGGGAGUACUUGGGUCGGUCCCUGCGACUUUUGGCUCCCCCUUGGAGGCAGGAGGGCCAGCUACGGCGGUAUGGUGUUGGUUCUUCGGCUCCUGUAUGGCAAUGUGCAUUGGAAGUUCCGUGGCAGAGCUGGUAUCAGCAUAUCCAACCGCUGGAGGGAUGUAUUUUGUCACAAAGCAUGUCGUGCCUGAGAGCCAAGUUGCCAUCUUUUCUUGGGUUCAGGGAUGGUGCAACCUGCUUGGGCAGACGGCAGGAGUGUCUAGCGUGGCAUACACAGUCAGCCAGAUGCUUUUAGCUUGCGCAAGUAUGAACUCGAGUCUGGAAGAUGGGAAAUACGAGUAUUCGCCUACUGCAUUACAAACUGUCCUCUUAGCAAUAGCAAUGCUAUGUCUCAUGGGCAUAAUUUGUUCCUUGACCACUAAGAGCCUGCAUCGGAUCGUCAUGUGGUUUGCACCUAUUAAUAUCCUCGCGUCAAUAGGCAUCUGUAUCGCCCUCUUAGUACUCACACCCGAGAAGCAGUCCGCUAAAUGGGUCUUCACUACGGUUACAGAUGGUUCUGGAUGGGGCUCGAAAGGGUUUUCUUUCUUCCUAGGUUUCAUAUCCGUGGCCUGGACCAUGACUGACUAUGACGGAACAACACACAUGUCAGAAGAGACCCAUGAUGCGGCCAUUCGAGGCCCUAUAGCCAUCCAGACAGCAGUUUUGGUCUCAGGGGUCUUUGGUUGGAUGCUCACAGUGGCAAUGUGCUUCUGUUUGACCGACUUGGAUGGGAUUUUAAACACAGCGACGGGCCUUCCAGCUGCACAGAUAUUCCUCAAUGCUGGAGGCCGGACGGGAGGCACGAUAAUGUGGUCUUUCGCUAUCCUCGUUCAGUUUUUCACGGGCUGCUCAGCUAUGCUGGCAGACACGAGAAUGGCAUAUGCGUUUGCCAGAGAUGAGGCGUUGCCAUUUUCACAUAUCUGGUCGAAAGUCAAUCAAUACACGCAUACUCCGGUAAAUGCAGUCUGGUUCGUGGUGUUUUUCAGUGUCUGCCUCAACUGCAUUGCCAUUGGUUCCACCCAGACCGCCACAGCAAUCUUCAAUGUCACGGCACCAGCACUCGAUCUGUCAUAUAUCUCUGUCAUCCUUGCUCACCAAAUCUACAAGAAGCGGGUGAAGUUUAUUGAAGGCCCCUUCACUCUGGGAAAAUGGGGAACACCAUUGAAUCUGAUCGCUAUUACCUGGGUACUUUUAAUCAGCGUGAUACUCUUCUUUCCUCCAUCGAAACCUGUGACGGCAGCCAACAUGAAUUACGCUAUUUGUGUUGCAGCUUUUAUCGCCAUCUUUUCCCUCGUGUGGUGGUGGGUCUCUGCUCGAUGGAAAUAUACCGGACCGAGAACAAACGAUAUCAUUCAGUCUAUCAGUACGGAAGACUUUAUAGGGGCGUACGAUCCCCCGGACGAUUUCGACGUUUAG